CACAACCCCCUCCCCCCUCACUAACUGCUCCUGAAGUAACAAAACCCCAUUCCCCCUACCAAACACACGACUACGAAGAUAUCACAACAUACAAAUAUAUAGGAAAUAUGUCUGACAAAGUUGUUCUCCACUUGAGAGCUGAGUGUAAACCGCUUGAGCACCGCUCUGCCCUUACUCCCGCCACUACCAGCGCUCUUUUAAACGCUGGUUAUGAUGUCCGUGUCGAGCGUAGUGAGCAGAGAAUCUUUGAUGACAGUGAGUUUGAGAAGGUCGGUGCUACGCUUGUUCCCGAGGGCUCCUGGACUGAGGCACCCGUGGACCACAUAAUUAUUGGCCUUAAGGAACUCCCUGAUGAUGACUUCCCUCUCAAGCAUACUCACGUCCAAUUCGCCCAUUGUUACAAGAACCAAGGUGGCUGGGAAAACGUACUCUCUCGCUUCCCCAGGGGCAAGGGCACUCUCCUAGACUUGGAAUUCCUUCAAGACGAUAACGGUCGUAGAGUUGCUGCGUUCGGCUAUCAUGCUGGAUUUGCCGGCGCUGCACUAGGUCUUGAGGUUUGGGCAUGGCAGUAUGCCCAUCCCGGGGAAGAGUUCCGUGAUGUCAAGCCUUACUCCAGCGAGGGCGCUUUAAUUUCGCGCAUCAAGAGUGUGGUUACCGAGAGUAGCGCGGAUAUCGGGAGAAGCCCGAGGGUUCUGGUGAUUGGUGCUUUGGGAAGAUGCGGAAAGGGCGCUGUUGAUUUGGCACUCAAAGUCGGCAUCCCGGCCGGAAAUGUCUUACAAUGGGAUAUGGCUGAAACUGCCAAGGGUGGUCCUUUUGUCGAGAUUGUUGAAUCCGACAUCUUUAUCAACUGCAUUUACCUCAAUCAGCCAAUUCCUCCUUUCGUUGACACUAAGUCCUUGGAAAACGCUGAUCGCAAGCUUUCGGUCGUCGUGGAUGUUAGUUGUGAUACUACUAACCCCCACAACCCCAUCCCCAUCUACAAUGUAAAUACUACAUUUGACAAGCCCACAGUUCCCGUCUCUGUCAGUGGGGGACCUCCUCUCUCUGUCAUCUCGAUUGACCACCUUCCAACUCUCCUUCCACGUGAGGCUAGUGAAGCGUUUAGCAAUGAUUUGCUUCCGAGCUUGCUCUUAUUGAAGGAUAGAAAGAAUACCAGGGCUUGGCAAGAGGCUGAGAGACUCUUUCACUCCAAGGUUGCCACUUUACCUAGUUCUUAAGUCGUCAUACUAUCAAAAAAGUUACUGGUGUUGGUGCGGGUUAAAUGAAAAUUAUUUGUUUCCAUUCCAUAGAGAUAUUUUCCUUUAGAAAUAUUACUCUUGUUAGCACUUCA